UACGCUGGGUUCGAUUGAACAGCCAACACGUGUCCCUACGUGUCACUUUUCCUGCACUUGAACUCCCAAGUGUCCCCUUAACCCCAAACCCAUUUUGUCCAAUUUAAGCACCAAAAUCAUCUUCCCACCCCAUCAUCCAUAUCUCUUCUUCUUCUUCCUUGUCAUCUCUUUCAUCACCUGAGUUCUCGUGUCUUUCCAAAAGUAGCAGCAAAUCAUUUGAAGCAGCAACAGCAGUUAAAGCUGUCGGUGGAGAUUAGUGAUCAGAGAGAGAGAGUGAAGCCAUGCCACCUCGAAGAUAUGCGUUUGGGAGGGCUGAAGAGGCCACCCACCCGGACUCUAUGCGGGCCACCUUGUCUGAGUUCCUCUCCACUUUCAUCUUUGUCUUCGCUGGCGAAGGCUCCAUCCUUGCUCUCAAUAAGUUGUACAGGGACAAAGCACCAGGAGCUUCGGGCCUGGCGGUGGUGGCACUUGCCCACGCGUUGUCUCUGUUUGUGGCGGUUGCAGCCAGUAUGAACAUUUCCGGUGGACACGUGAACCCCGCCGUCACCUUCGGUUCCCUCGUCGGUGGAAGAAUCUCUGUUCUUCGCGCUUUCUACUACUGGGUUGCUCAGCUGUUGGGUGCCGUGGUUGCCUCUCUACUUCUGAGGCUUAGCACUAAUGGCAUGAGACCAAUUGGAUUAUCGGUGGCUCCCGGCGUACAUGAAUGGAAUGCACUUCUGAUGGAGAUAGUUAUGACUUUCGGGCUGAUGUACACGGUGUAUGCAACAAACAUCGAUCCAAGAAGGGGUACCUUGGGGACCGUCGCACCUCUAGCUAUCGGCUUCAUUGUUGGGGCUAAUAUCUUAGUGGGAGGGCCGUUUGAAGGAGCCUCGAUGAACCCGGCGAGGGCUUUUGGGCCAGCUUUGGUGGGUUGGAGGUGGAGGAACCAUUGGAUCUAUUGGCUUGGUCCCUUCAUCGGUGCCGGACUAGCGGGGGUAAUAUACGAGUUUGGAUUCAUACAACCGGAAGUUCCAGUCCACACCCACCACCAGCCUUUGGCUCCUGAAGAUUACUAGUUUCAGUCAGCUGUGUGAAUGAUCGAAGUCUGCAAAUUUGAAGGUUUUCAAUUACCUGUUUUCUGUUUUUUUUGUUUUUCCAUGUUCUUUUGUGUGUCUGUUGAGGCUGUAUGUUCAUUUUCAGCAGUGCCAAACAAUAAUGCAGCCACCUUCUAUUUUUGUUUUUUUGGUAACCACUUUGCAUGUUAAUUUGAGAGUGUGUUCAAUUUUUAUGUAAUUUAGCAAUUAGGGUUAAACUAUGGUAUCGAACCAGACUCUUUUUUUUUCCCAAGUAUUGUAGUCAAGAGUGUUCGGA